CCUGAUGCAGUCAGCUGACUGAGCCAAACAGCAGCGUUGUCUGUGCCACAGGAAACACCAUAUUCAUUCAUUCUCAGCAGCAGCAGCAGCAGCAGCAGCCAUGAAGAAGACCAAAGGCAAAGCGAGCAGUGCUGCUGAGAAGGAGUUUGUGUUUGAGUUUAAGGCAGGGAGACACAACUGUGUCCUCAAAGUGCCUCUGAGGUUUCCUGUUCAGGAGAACAUCAGUGACCUCCAUGGACGCCUGAUGCUGCUACACAAAAUACCCUGCUACAUUGAAAAUGAGCUAAAAGCCUCCCUUCUCAACUUUAUUGAGAGUGAGACCAUCCUGGAUUAUGACAGAGAGGCAGAGCUGGCCCUGCAAAGACUCACAGCGGGAGAUGUAGAUGUAAACCAGCUCACAAAUGCGUGGACCAGGUCUUACGUGGAGACUACGCUGGAGCACGCUCGACCCGAAGAACCCAGUUGGGAUGAGGACUUCGCUGGUGUUUACCACGAGCUCAUCCACUCCCCUGCUUCAGACACUCUUCUCAACCUGGAGCACAACUACUUUGUCAGCAUCUCUGAGCUCAUCAGUGAGAGAGACAUGGAGAUCAAGAAGCUGCAGGAGAGGCAAGCAGCUGAGAUGGACAAAGUGAUGCAUGAGCUGGGGAAUACUUUGAGUGACCAGGAUGUAAAUACAGUUGCCUCUCAACACUUUGAUGCUCAGCAGGUGUUGGAGAACAAGUGGGCCAGUGAGCUGAAGCAAGUGACCGGUAUUCAAAAGCACGAGUAUCAGGAGUGGGUCAUCAAACUACACCAGGACCUGCAGAAAUCCACCAACAGCAGCCAAAUUAAUGAGGAGAUUAAGGUGCAGCCCAGCCAGCUGUCGGAGCUGGCAGAUUCUGGAGCCAGGAUGUUUGAGGAGCAGCCUCAGCUGGAGGAGAGUUUCACCAUACACUUAGGAGCACAGCUGAAGACGAUGCACAACCUGCGGCUGGUCCGGGCAGACGUGUUGGACUUCUGUAAGCACCGGCGGCACGGCAGCGGUGGAGCAAAACUAAGGCGGUUGCAGACUGCACUUUCACUCUACUCGUCCUCGCUCUGUGGUCUGGUGUUGCUAGUUGACAACAGGGUCAACUCCUACAGUGGCAUCAAGAGAGACUUUGCAACUGUGGCGAAGGAGUGUACAGACUUCCACUUUCCCUGUCUGGAGGAGCAGCUGGACGAGGUGCAGCAGGUGGUGCUGUAUGCCAGAGCCCAGCGGAGCAGCAAGCAGAAAGAACAGCCUGAGAUUCCGAGGAAUGGAGGGGACGAUAAGAGCAAAAAUGUUGAAAGAAAUCCAUCUAACAUCUUACCAGGUGAGUUUUACAUCUCCCGGCACUCCAACCUGUCAGAGGUCCAUGUUGUCUUCCACCUUUGUGUGGAUGACAAUGUGCGUUCAGGGAAUAUCACGGCCCGGGACCCGGCCAUAAUGGGCUUGAGAAACAUCCUGAAGGUCUGCUGCACACAUGACGUCACCACCGUCACCGUCCCUCUGCUGCUGGUCCACGACAUGUCAGAGGAGAUGACCAUACCUUGGUGUCUUAAGAGAGCCGAACUGGUAUUCAAAUGUGUCAAAGGCUUCAUGAUGGAGAUGGCCUCAUGGGAUGGCGGAAUAUCACGGACAGUCCAGUUUCUAGUGCCGAAGAGUAUCUCAGAGGAGAUGUUCUACCAGUUGAGCAACAUGCUGCCUCAGAUCUUCCGUGUCUCCUCCACCCUAACUCUCACCUCAAAACACUGAAGGAUAGAGAUGCACCACAUCGCAUCCUCAAGGCAUUCAAACUAACAGAGCUCAUUUAUUUUAAUAAUUAUGCAAAAGUUAUAAUUCUUUGUUGUUGUUUUUUCCAGGAACUGAUUAGAGGAGAGGAGAUUUGAUGAAGUAGCACAUAGGCCCCAUUCAUUAAAAAUGGGGUCAACAUAAUGUGGUGGCAUUAAAGCACUUACAGUAGAGGUGCAAAAAGUAUUUUAAAUGAGAGGAGACACUGGUAUGCAGUUGGUGAGCCUUGUUAUUUUUGCACCUUCCAAAGCAACAUGCGAUGUGAAUACGUCUCACUGAAAAAGGACUGGAUUCAGUGGCUCACCAAAGCAGCUGCUGCAAUUAUCAUUUCAAGCCUCCCGGGUGUGGUUCUGGUGACAGAGUUUUAUGACAUCAUGACAUCAGCCGCUGCUGCUGCAAGUAUUCCAGUUUUCCCUCAAAGCUGCGACCUGUAACUCCCCGCACGCACGUUCGAGCUACGGCUUAACGGAGGAUGUAGUGUCGCGUUUGUGAAGUUUUUUUUAACUCGCUGGUACAGAGUGAAAAUGCCACCAACGGAGAAAAUAAUGUAAAUGUGAAAGCAGUUUUGUUUACUAAAGUGAUGAAGCUGGAUGGAAACAGCACGGGCAAUUAGACAUAUGUGACCUAACUGUAUUAGCAGCCAUGCUAAAUGUGACUUUUAUCGUGUUUUCACCACAUGUUAACAUAUAAAUGGAUGUAGUAACAGUAUAUUGAUUAUAAAAAAAACAUCAUAGAGCUCCACUUUAAAUCAAUUUUUGUUAGUUUUGAUGGACAGCAUGAGGCCUGUGGCAACAAUACAUUUCAUCUGUUGGGUGUUCACAAAUUGGUCCUAAUGUAUGAUCACUCAGUUCAACAUUGCAUGAGAUUUAGUGGUCUAAACUGAGAGCUAAUUGGCUUCACAGUUGGGGCCGAUUUAUCCAGAGAGAAGUGACAUAAACUUGGCUCCUCUAGUCCCGAAGACAAAUGACGUUGCUGCUGAGAUGAGCAACUCGGAGGUGUUUUUAUACUGCAUUGCAGUGAGUUGUAGUGAGGAUCACACUUCGUGUGAGUGUGUGUGCACGUGUGUGGUCCCUCCCCUCUACCUCUGUAACAGCAGAUGGCACUGUUCCUAAAGACAAAGAUGUGAAAAGAGUGACUACACAGGUGCUUACACACCUUUUUUUUUU